AUGCGCAUAGAUGUCAGCCAAAUGAGCAAGAAAAUUUGUGACUUGGAAAACCGCAGCCGAAGAAAUAAUAUCGUUGUCGACGGCUUGAAGGAAAGCGCACGGGAGGACAACGCAACACUUCUCCUGUUAAAUGGAACACAUUUUCCUGGUCCCUUCAGGUUCCGUUUAAUGAGAGUCUACUGUAUUCAUCGAGUUGGCUCUAAAAAAGAUAAUAGAGAGCGUCCCGUGAUCUUACGCUUUUAUGACUUCACAGAAAAGCUGACAAUCUUGCGCAAUGCUUUCAAGCUGAAAGACAGUUCGAUAUCUAUAUCUGAAGAUUUCUCUGCCGAGGUUCGCGAAAGACGCAGAAAACUAUGGCAGUCAGCCAAAGAAAAUCGUGUAGCCCUUGUAUUUGACAAACUUAAAGUGGGCAACCAACUGUUCGUGUGGGACGAUCGAGAAAAUAAGCGAGUCCAAAUAGGCCAGGCUAAGCGGGACAUGGCGAAGGCGAAUAGCGGCACGACCGCCUGACGAAACGGAAAUUCUGCCUCGCUUUCCUUGCUUUGUUUCAAUGCCCGCAGCAUUGUUAACAAAAUUGAUAAAUUGGAAGAAAUAUUACUGCUGUACUCUCCAGACGUCAUCAUCAUUACAGAAACCUGGCUUCAUCCGGAAAUCCAUGACUCAGAAGUAGUCCCCUCCUCAUAUACAUUGUUACGCACCGAUCGUACCGGACGGGGAGGUGGAGUGGCCAUUGCGAUAAAGAAUCACCUACCUUUCCAACGAGAAAUAGGUAUAGUAAAUCACGAGAGCACGUGGUGUACGGUUAAGUUUAAUGACACUUCACUCCUAAUAGGAGCUAUUUAUAGAUGUCCAGGAGCGCCGGAUGAAUACCUAGCACAGGUACAUGACUAUUUACAAAGCAUGACAAACUCUCGCACUAAAAUAAUUUUAACAGGUGACUUCAACUUACCAGAUAUAAAUUGGGAUGAAUUAACUGUGGGCACAAAAGAAAAACAAUGUAGUGAGCAACUUUUAGAUAUAUUGUUCAGUUUUUCUUUAUCGCAAAUUGUCAAAGAACCGACACGUGUGCAGGGAAAUACCUCAUCGGUGCUAGACUUAGCUCUCGUGUCAGGAUCGUUGCCAACAAAUAUUAGCAUAGAUGAUGGUAUCUCGAAUCAUAAGAUUUUAGUGUUGACAGUGCGCACCUCAGAUAUGGGCACUAGUAAUCGCAUUAAACCUUCGCGUAUUGAAAUUAGAGAUUACAGCCGAGCUGCCGACGAGAGCGUCAUAGAUUAUUUGGAGGAAGAACUCGACAAUUUUUCAAUUGAGUCAUGUGGAAGUGUUAACGAAUUGUGGCUGAAAUUAAAGGAAGCCAUCAUGCAUUGUGAAAGGAGUUUUAUACCCAUAAAACGCAAGAGGAUCAGGAAUAUGUCUCCUUGGAUAACACGACACAUUAUCCACCUUAAACGGAAACUCAAAAGAAUGAGGAAUAAAAAGAAUGCCUGUAAAGACAUACCUCAGCUAUCACGGGCUUUAAAGUCGGAGGUCAGAACUGCAAGAAAUAACUUCUUUUCAAAUACAUUAGUCAAUUUUAUGAAGAACCAACCUCAAAAGUUUUGGAGGUAUCUAUCUAAACCAGAGGAUCGUGCAAGUAAAUUAGAAAUUGGUGGCUCAGUGGUAACAAAUGAAAGUAUCAUAGCAAAUACGUUUAAUAAUUAUUUUCAAUCCGUAUUCACUCGUUCACCCAGGAUAAGCACGCCUUUGGCUGAGCCUACUAUUGUUAUUCCAGAAAUUCUAAUAACAGAGUCGGGUAUUUUGAACCUUCUUUUAAAAAUUGAUACCAAGAAAGCGCCCGGUCCCGAUAACAUAUCCAAUAUGUUUCUGAGACGAUAUGCGCAGCAGCUAACGCCCUACCUCCACAUCAUAUUUACUGAGUCGCUUAGUACAGCAACGUUACCCACGGACUGGUUAUGCGCAAAGGUUACCCCCAUUCACAAAGAUGGGAAAAAGACGCUGGUAGAUAAGUACCGGCCGAUAUCACUAACAAGUUGCUGUUGUAAGUUGCUUGAGCACAUAAUUAACAAAGAAAUUAUGACCCACUUAGAACAAAAUAAUCUCUUGAGCCCAAUGCAACAUGGCUUUAGAAAAGGAUUGUCUACUGUAACGCAGCUUUUAGAGAUCACUAAAGACUUUGCAUCAGCAAUUAAUGAUAGGUCCCAAAUCGACGCUAUAUUCAUUGAUUUUUCAAAAGCAUAUGACCGCGUAGUGCAUUUUAAAUUAAUUGAGAAACUAAGGUCUGUUGGUAUUGAAUCAAAAUUAUUAGAAUGGAUUACUGCCUAUCUGUGCAAUCGUACACAGUAUGUCACUGUUAAUAAUACUAACUCUGAUUUACUUGAGGUGUACUCGGGGGUACCUCAAGGGUCAGUAUUAGGACCGCUAUUGUUUCUUAUUUAUAUCAAUAACGUUGUUAGUUGUGUUGAAGAAGGCGUGAAAGUGCGUUUAUUUGCCGAUGAUUUGGUUGUGUACACGUGUGUGCGCGGUACUGACGAUCAGAAGCUUCUAGAUGCUUCUCUAGAUAAAAUUGCUCAAUGGUGCGUAACCUGGGGUAUGGAAAUAAACGUCAGCAAAACAAAGUGUAUGACUAUUAGCCAUAGGAAAUCACCUGUUACAUUCAAUUAUAAAAUGGCGGGCUCUGAUAUAACACGAACAGACUCUAUAAAAUAUUUGGGUGUAACUAUCACAAGUAAUCUAAAAUGGAACGCUCAUAUUGAAAACACAUGCACAAAAGCAUUUAAAACACUCGGGUUUCUGCGAAGGCAAUUGGCUGCGGCUCCUGCAUCCGUUAAGUUAGCUGCCUAUAAAACUCUAGUGCGCCCCAUCCCUGAAUAUGGCAGUAUAGUUUGGAACCCCCACCAGGUAUACCUCACAGAUAGAUUGGAAAGAAUCCAAAACAAGGCACUACGCUUUAUUUUUUCAAAGUAUUCCCGUUAUGAUAGUGUCACUGCUCUUCGAAAUGCCGCAGGAAUUCCUACACUAGCCUGCCGGCGGCGGGUGGCAGCGGUGAAAUUUCUUGUCUUGCUCUAUAAUGAUCACCUAAACAUAGAUAAACACGAGCACUUGAAACCUCCGCAUCGUCACUCCCGUAGAAUGUGCCAUGAUAAGCACAUCAGGCAAUACGCCACACGCUGCGACACAUUCAAAUUUUCAUUCUUUCCGGCUUCCAUUGAAAUAUGGAACGCGUUGCCCCAGAAAAUUAUUGGCAUGAAUAGCGUAGACAGCUUUGUGGAAAGGGUAGAAGAAUAUUUUUGUACACUAUAGCAUAGCGGUAUUUUUUGUACAAUCUUUUUCUUCUCCUGAUUACGAGGUUUAUGCAUUGUUUGUUGUUUUGGUUGUCGUUAUUAAUGUCUUCUUUGAUUUAUUGUGCAUUGUACUUCUAUGUGUACCUUUCGACCCACUCCCUGUAAUGGCCUGGGAAAGGCUGACAGUAUUUGACAAAUAAAUAAACAAAUAAAUUUUUGUGAAGUUGGGAA